CAUAAAUAGACGUCCGGGCGCGAGCGACGUUGGGUGUCAACAAGCGUCCACAGCAACUUACAAACGUCCACCGGAAUUUACCCGGAGUUUCAAGUUUAGGGGACUUUUAAAUGGAGUAUACCGGAGGAUACCGACCUCCGGAUAAGAGACAGCGGAGACGCUGCGUCAUUUUAAGCGUCAUCUUUGUCCUAGUUAUUAUCAUUACACUCGCUGUUACGCUGACACUGACGCUACGUCACAAUACAGACCAACUAAAACCAAUUUUUAUUGAUAGGUGUAAGAAAUUCAGCAGAAACGACUGUGAAAAGAUAUGGGAUGUAUUUAAACAGGCAUACGUAGGGAAGGACCCUUGUGAAGUUCCCAUGGAAGCCUAUGAUCCUCUCAUUGCUGCCGCCCCCUUCAAACCUCAGUGCAACAGAAUGAUGUUCUGGAGCAAAACAAAGAAUCUGGUCCAUAAAUUCACUGCAAACAGAGAUUGUUUUCUGACCCUGGAGGACAUGCUGUUGGGAUCUGUCCUGGAUGGUCUGACCUGGUGUGGAAAGGAGGGCAGCAGUGAAACAUUCACAACCGGCUGCCCAGGUUGGAGCGAAUGCGAAAACAACCCGGUUCGCUCAUUUUGGAACCGAGCCUCAGCUGCUCUUGCAGAUGUUGCCUGUGGUGAUGUCACAGCAAUGCUAAACGGAUCCAUCACCACACCGUUCAGUCCCACGAGUGUUUUUGCGAGCAUCGAAGUUAAGAGAUUUAACGCCACCAAGAUGAAACGCCUGAAUGUUGUGCUGGUCACGCAGAAGAACGCUGUCACAAACUGCACAAAUGCAUCUUUAAAGGACUUACAGAAAGAGCUGGAUAAAGGGAUUAAAUAUAACUGCACCGAAGUGACUGAAUUUCAGAUUGAGGAGUGCAGCGACCACCCAGAGAAACCGUGUGGCUCCUGUUGGUGAAAAUGUCAGAUAACACACAACAACAACCAGCUGUCUACAGUUUGUUUUUGGGAAUCACUGAAUGUGCUUUAUUUAUCUUUUUUGUAGAUUUAAUUCUUUUCAAACACGUGGGCCAGUUUGACUUAAUGUGAAAUGUGUCUUUUUACAUAAAAUUUAAGUGGGCAUUUUUUACGAUGUGACAAAGCAUGUCCGUAUUUUGUGGUAAAAAGGUUCAUGGUGUGAUGGGGAAGCUUUGCAUCAGUUCUAUUAAGGGUUGUGGUUAAGUGUCAUAUACUGUAAGGAAGAGCACCACUGCUCCUAUCUAAUUAUGUUCAACUGACAAUCUCCUGCCCGGUGUAACACAAUUUACAAUAUUUUUUUUUUAAUUAAAAGUAUAAAUAUGAGGCUGUGAAAUUGUCUUUGGAUACUAAAGCUGGAUAAUGAAAAAAAGAUGAAUAAGAACAAUGUAUUUGAUGAGAUGGGUUUUUUUGUAUUUGAGUAUGUGUGUAUAUAAAAUCAAUCUUGAUUGAUUGUUGUCAGAUUAAGUUCAUAAAAAAGAACAAUGUUUGUAUUUUUUUAUAAUACUAAAAUAUUGCACUUACACCUUUUUUGCUAAACACUUUGAAACAAAUAUAAAACAGUUUUUGUCUCUGUUUCACUUUCUAACUAUCAACAUGUGGCUUAAAUGGGAAACUUCUUGUUAUGUAAUCUGUCAUAAAAGAAAAUCAUAAAAUACUGACAUCGAUGCAACUAUAAAAACUGUCCCGGUAUAAUGAUUAACCUACAAUAAAAUAA